AUGGCUAGAGUCCUUCUAGGGAAGUACUGCCCGAACUCAUCUCUACUGGACUGCGCAGUGCCAAACUCUGCAUCCCAUGGAUGGCGGAGUAUCUGCAUCGGAAGAGAUCUUUUGAAACCUCACGUGGGACGCAUCAUUGGAUCAGGUACCACUACUCCACUGUGGAAUAGCCCUUGGCUAUCUCUAGACACCCCCACCUCCCCAAUGGGACCACCACCAGCAGAAUCACAAGGAUGGACAGUUUCUGACCUCCUUGAACCAGGCACUUCAAAGUGGAAUAUAGAUCUCAUCAAACGAACUCUACCUGCGCAUGAAAAAGAAAUUUUACAGUUAAAACCGAGUAAGCAAGGAGCCCUGGACCGAUGGGCAUGGCUUCUGACACAGGAUGGAACUUAUAACACAAAAUCAGGCUACUAUACCGCUCACUCGGAAGACUCUAACUCAAUAGCUCCUCAAACCUCCCAGGCGUCAUCGUCAUUCAGUUGGACAGCUAACAUCUGGAAUGUUAAGACGUCCCCAAAAACAAAGCUACUUAUUUGGAAGAUUGUCCAACAAGCCAUUCCGGUGGGAGCAAACCUCAACCGCGGGCUUAUCUCGGGAGAUGCGAAGUGCCCACACUGUAGUGAGACCGAGUCUGAACUACAUUUAUUCUUCUGUUGCCCGUUUGCGACUAGGGUUUGGGCCCUAGCCCCUUUCAAUAGUAACUUCCCCUCCCAAUCCUUUACAUCCAUCACUGAAGGAAUCUCCUCCGCAAACCGACUUAUAUGCCUACCACCCUCUGGAAUUGGAGGAGGUCCUCUAGCCCCUUGGAUCCUCUGGAUGAUAUGGAUGGCUCGAAACAAAAUGAUUUUCAACAAGGAACGCAUAAGGGUUGAGGAAGCGACUGUAAUUGCUAUAAUCAGGGCAAAGGAAUGGCAAUCAGCGCAAUUGGAGAAACUAAAAUCAAUUGUGCUCCCAACUCCAUCCCCAGUAAAUCAGGUACAACAAAAUGAGAACUUGAUUACCUGUUUUGUAGACGCAUCGUGGAUCUCUGAACCGAAAGCGGGACUCAGAUGGGUCUUCACGGAUCAGCACGAACAGAUCUUACAACAAGGCUCAGAUCUGGCCACACACGUCUCCUCCCCUUUGAUGGCCGAAGCGUUAGCAACUCUAACUGCGGUUGAAGUUGCAAUUGCUUCGGGUUUCACUCACCUCUCGAUCGCCUCAGACUCUCAGACGUUAGUCAAGGCUUUGAAUUUGAAGCUCCACUCGAAGGACCUUCACGGGAUUCUCCAUGAUAUCCUAGAUCUAUCCAAUCGUUUCUCUAGUUGUAAUUUUCGUUUUAUUCCUAGAACCCAGAACCAGAUCGCAAAUGAACUAGCAAAGAGAGCUCUUUCUAUGUCUCUACCUUGUAUGUGA